CGUUCGUGGUAGGUAAUUGAUUGUACAAAGUAAUUGCAUGUUCAUGAUUUGGUAGAUGUUAGGGUUUGGGUUUGGAGCUCCUUUUUUGAGAUGUACUUAUUUUGGUUGUUACUUUGAACAGGCGAUGGACGUUUCAGAUUUGAGUGCAAGUUCAAUGGAGUACGAAAGCGGAAAUACAGAUGAAGAGGAAUUCAAUAUUUCGUCUGCCAACUAUAAUGCACCUCGUGAAGAUGAACAAAGUUGGGGAGACGAUGAUGUCGACGAAAGUAUGGAUGCAGAUGGUGUUGAUGUAGAAGAUGAUAAUGUAGAGCAAGAAGAAGAUGUUGACACUGAUAAUAUUCAGAGUGAUGUUGUGGAGGAGGCAACUGAUGACGAGAGAUUGGACUGUGGUUUUGUUGAUGAGGUCUUAGUUGGCGAUAAUUCUUCUUACGACUAUUACGGUGAUUCAGACUUGGAGACUAUAGAAGAACCUGUUAGAAGAAGACAUGUGAAAUCAGUUGGUAAGAAAAAGAAUGGAUCAGAGGAUGAAGAUGAGAAUGAUACAGAAGAUAAGAGGAAGUUUUACUGGGAAGUAAUGGAGAAGACCUUUGUGUCUGAGGCAGCUGCUUAUACUUUUUAUAAUGGAUAUGCUCGACAAGAGGGAUUCAGUGUAAGAAAGUUCAAGUUCAAAGAGACUAAGGGUGCUAACAAAAUAGUUCGCAGAAGGCGGUUUGUGUGUUCUCGGGAAGGAAAACGUAACAGCAAGUUUCUGACUAUGGACAACCGCACUCGUAGGUUGAGACCUUUGUCACGUUGCAAUUGUAAAGCGGAGUUGGAUGUGAAGCUUGAUAGAGGUUCGGGGGUUUGGCGAGUUGCAAAAUUUGUUUACAAGCACAGUCAUAAGUGUGCAGAACCGAGCGAGAGCCCAUUUUUAUGGUCACAUAGGAGGAUAAAAGAUUUCCAGAAAGCGGAGAUAUUAGCAUUGGCAGCAAUGGGGUUAGGAAGCAUGUGA